AUGUCAUCGAGUUCUUUUUCUCACAUUCCAUUAGACCUGCCUCAAAUCACUGCCGCCUCGUCGGCAGCUGCUCCUAGUAGUUGCAGGGGGGAGAAGUGUGGUCUUCCAUCUGUGCGUGGUCGCAUUAGGACCGAACGAACCCCACGAGCAGCACACGGUAGCCAAGACUUUGUGCAUGUUGCCGUUCGGUUAAAACCACCUCCACAAAAUAAUGAAAGCAACGAUCUCAUACAAUUUUCCAUCGCGCCAGGUACUCUGGCAUCUCCCCGCACAGGUCGUCGACGCGAGAGUUCGCUUCAGAACAGUACCGCCCGCACUGUCAAAAACGUUGAUGAGGAGACUAAUAGCAAUAGUGCCACCCGACUCGACGACCAAUGUGCGGCGCCAAACAGCAGCUGCCCUAUGCACUCCAGCACGGCAGCAAUAGGUUUACCCCUGAACCGUAAUGGUAUGCAGCGGACACCGCGAUCCCCAAGAGUGGGAUCAGCUGGUGCCAGUGGAAACAACGGUGGAAAGAUAUUGACCGUCACGUCUCCAACGGCUGAUGGCGCUAAGGAGAUGCAGCGCGUGUACGAGUUCGGUGAUAUUAUCAGUCCCUCAGUCACGGACGCCCAAAUAUGCGACUCGAUAGUUCCAUGCAUUACUGAACAGCUACUGGCUGGUUUUAAUGCAUGUGUUUUGUGUUAUGGUCAGACAGGGAGCGGUAAAACACAUACUAUAAAUACUCUCAUUCCCGCGUUUGUCAGCACACUGUUUGAGAAUCUGGAUGCUGGGAACGAUAUUGUAGAGGUGUCGUAUAUACAGAUUCACAAUAACAACGCCUAUAACCUACUAGGUGGCGGUAGAUCUGAACACGGGGUGCUCCUACAAAAGCCAAAAAGUGCAUAUGUUCGUGAGCCACGUUACUUAGUGCGGGGUGCGGAGGACAUGAAGGCAAAGAUAGCUGAGGCGCAACGAAAGCGAUUUGUAGGUUCACAUGCAUUAAAUGCGCGUAGUUCUCGCUCCCACGUGCUCCUCUCUCUUCACGUGACAAAGCUGGCCGGGGGGAUCCCUGUGCAAACAAGCCGGUUGACGCUGGGUGAUCUCGCUGGCUCUGAGCGUGUGAAGAAGACGGGAGUUGCGGGGGAUGAGUUAGAGGAGGCAAUUGCUAUUAACAAGUCCCUCUCGGUCCUGCAUGCCGUCAUCAAGGCUACGGCAGAAGACGCGAACGUGCUGCCUGUGAGAGAGUCCGUCCUUACAUUAUACCUCGCUUCAAGUCUCGCUGGAUGCUACCUUCUUCUUAUUGCGACUGUGUCACUCGAGAAGAAGAACUACGCUGAGACGAAGAGUUCACUUGAUUUUGCCGCUACGGCAAAGAAAUGCAUUGUGAGGAAAGCGAAAGGGCAACCGAGAGAUUUGUUCAUGAGCGGUGCCUGCAGCUUUGAAGAGGUCUAUUCCCACCUGACAAGGGAAAUAGAAAUACUGCGUGAUCGCGUGUGCACCCUUCAGGAGGAAGUCAACAUUGAAAAACAGCGCUCUGUCCUGGUGCAGCGAGAGGAAAAUUGCGGUACAGGAAAUGCAAAUCAUGUGAAAAUAGGGGCCAGUCCCGACGACGCUGUUUCUUUGACCUGCGCGCCUCCAGACAAUAGUAGUGAAAAGUCGCGCCUGCGUGAUCAUGUUCGCGCGUUGGAGCGACAGUGCGGCCUCUUUCAGGAGAUCCUCCGGGAGCGUGAAAGAGAGUUGAGUUCGCUGCAGUCACGCGGUGAUCUCGCACCGGAGGUACGUGAAGAGUUAGAGCAGUUAGCAAGGGAACGGGAGGAGGCACAGCGGGCACUGGAAGAGGCUGCCCCACAACUUGGAACAAGCGAGCUGCUCCGUACUGUGACAGACACUUUUUUCUCAAUGCAGGAGCAAUUCGACGGUAUGUGUCAGCAAAGGCAGAUUAUGGCAAAAACAAUGGAGGUGAUGAGAGGUGAACAGCAGCGAAUCACACUUGAGUUACUGGAGGCACGGAGACAGCUUGUGCAGAGUGAAAAAAGCUGUGAAGAGAUGCGGUGCAAGACGGAUGAAGUGACUAUUGAAAGUAGGGAGCUUAGAAACAGACUUGAGGAACUCAACCUGAGACUCCUGCGUGAAUACGCGGAACGCGCAAUUCGCGAGGAGACUGUAGCGUGGUUCAAGGCGUCUAGCGAGCGAGAUGAGGAGUACGAACAACUGAGAUCUGCCUUUGAAGAACAGCGGAAUCUGUUUGACGUGCUUCAAUGUCGUCUUACUAGUACGGAGCAGGAGCUUGAUCGCAGCAAUAAGCAGCACGGAACGCUGCUGGAGGAGAUGCGUAAGAAGGACGAGGCAUUCCGAACCAUCUGGUUGCUUCUAACUCCACAGCAAAAAGCGCGGCUUAUGUCGAUAGGGUACAGCAAUGACGAUGCGAGUGGCUCAGGCAACGCAUCUCUGCAUCAGGGCCACGAGAACGUGCAGCUGCGUAGUCAGGUCCGCACCCUCAAACGGCAGCUGGAUGAAGAGCUGCUGCGCAUCAAGGAGCGAGACUAUCGCCUGGAAGACUUGGAGAACGAAAACCGCCUUCUAAAUGAGCGGCUCCAGAACCGUGAGGACGAGUACAACAGCCUGGUUUCCCUUGACCAGGACUACAGGGACGAGCGGGAAAAAAUGGAACAACAGAUUGCCCACCUGUAUACCUACAUUGAGGAGCAUAAUGCCAAACAACACAUCUUCGAGAGGCAGCUCCGUGAAGCACAGACAGAAUGGGAAAAAAUGGACGAGAAGCAUCGCAGCGCACAGCGCGAGGUUGUCGAUCUGACGGCUAAGCUCGAAAAGGCGAUGGGGGAAAUUCGUACACAGGAAGCAAACAGAGACAAAUUCAAGGACCGACUGCAUGAAGUGCAGGAGCGGGACGCAGUGUUGGUGGGUCUGCACCGCCAGCUAGCCGCCAAGCAGCGCACCGCCGACGAGACCUCGCGCCGUCUCGGGCUUUCGGAGCGGCGCCGGCAGCACAUUGCGUCGGAGGCGACGAUAUAUAAUCGCCACAGCGACCUCGUCAAGCUGAAGGUAAUGCACCGCAACCCAGAACUCCUGCGCAAAGUGGCACUGCAGCGCAUUGAUCUCGCGCAGUUUGUUCGUGGGACAUCUUUGCACCAUUUGACCCAAUACAACCGCACACAGCGGUUACGCCACGAAGGGUCUUCUCCACCGCGGCUCUAUGCGGGUUCUUCAAUUUCACACGAAACUGCAAGGCCGCGUCUCGAUUCUAACGGCAGCUCUAGUCAACACCGAAACGGCUGCCGUCGACGUCAGUUGCUUUCACCUCGCAACACCCGUGGCGUGGCGGCGAGGUCAGCGCUCCUGCGUGCCAACUCGGCUAUGGCAGAGGCCCCAAACCAGAUCAUUGACAAGACGCGGCGGCGAAACUCAUAG